GUGUGUGUGUGUGUGUGUGUGUGUGUGUGUGUGUGUGUGUGUGUGUGUGUGUCUGAGGGAGUGUCUGUGUGAGAGAUCCAGAGGGGUAUCCAAUAGAGGAUAAUUUUAGCCUCUGUUCUGCUGACUGGACGAGCGUUGGAAACAGCCGGGGAGACUGACCCGGACUCACGGGAGGACCCAGCUGAAAUGGCCACCAAAGCGGUAGACCUGCUGUACUGGCGCAGCCUACCCCAGACCGGGGUGGUGUUCACAGGGCUGGUGGUGGUGCUGGCAAGCAUGUUCCAGCUGAGCACCAUCACCGUGCUGUCCCACCUGCUGCUGGCCCUGAUGGGGUUGACCACCGCCGUCCGGCUCUACUACAAGCUGCUGGAGCUGCUGCGCUGGAACCCGGGCCUCCACCCCUUCCAGUCUCAGCUGGACGAGGACGGGACCCUGACGGACGAGGCCACGGUGGCCGUGGUGGAGGGCGCCGUGCUGCGCAUCGCCUUCGCCCUCACCGAGCUCAAACGGCUCGUCUUCAUCGGCAGCGUGGUCGACUCCAUCAAGUUUGCCGUGUUCCUGUACCUGCUGACCCACGUGGGCGUGGCCACGAGCGGCCUCACGCUGGUCAUGGCCGGUGUGAUCACUGCCUUCUCUGUGCCACUCCUCUACAGAAAGCAACAGGUCCGAAUAAGGAGGUUGUCUCGCUCCCUCCGUACCACCACCAAGAGGAUCAAAACCAUGUUUAUGAGCAUGUACAGGAAGGUCAUUCCCGCCUCUGCAGCUGCGUCUGACCACGCCCCCACGCCCCCUCCAACACCUGCACCUGUAAGCCCCGCCCCCAAACAGAAGGCCAAGGCCAAGUAACAAGAUGGAGAGGAAGACGAUGAAGACGAUGAAGUUCUGUCACCACACGAGGAACUCUGUGUUCUGUGUGGCGCAGGAAGUGUGUUCCUGUCGCCUAUUCCUGUUGCGUCUUCUCUGUGUGUUCAAAGAGGCCUCCUGGUUUUAUUUAAAGAGUCCGUCGGUAAAGUUUACAGCAUUGUCACUAGUGACAGGAAAUAGAGCGUAUUCAGUUGGUGGCCAUCUUGCGCAGUUGGGUGGCAAAAACCUUCUAGAACCUACGAGGAAACCAUGACAACUCAACGGAGAAGCCUUCUGAAUUCAUUCUCACAAUAAACAUAAGAAGUAGUCAUGGUUUCCGAACAUUGUAGAUGGUUUACCCGCCCGACCGACCAAGAUGGCCACCAGUUGACGGCGGUCUCUCUGCGGUUUGUUCUGUUCCCCGGUGUCGCCGCUGAACCACCGAGGUGUCGUUUGGUCUUAAAGUCUUAAAGUUAUUUAUGUAAGGAGCAGCGAGAGCUCAGCGCUGCCACAGAAUUAUUUAGACCUCCUGAAGAA